CUCUCUCUCUUUCUCUCUCUUAGUUGCAAAAAAUGCUCUGCAGCUGGGCUGUACCUCAAUGAAUGAAUUGGUGCACUGUGCGCGACCAUCCUCUCGCCCCUGGAUUUCCAUUGCGCCCCGCUUUCAUCCCGAACAUAUGAAUUUGCUGAGACAGACCCUUUUAAGGAGUUGAACAGAUAGGUCGGAGGAAAAAUGGCACAGCGCUUGGUUUUCUUUCUCCUGUGGCUCUUUGACCCGUCGUUCGCAGGAUUCCCUAAUCAGAUUAAUAUCGGGGGGCUGUUCAUGCGCUCCACGGUGCAGGAGCACAGCGCGUUCAGGUUCGCCGUCCAACUCUACAACACCAACCAAAACACCACUGAAAAGCCUUUCCACCUCAACUACAACGUCGACAACCUCGAGUCGUCCAACAGCUUCUCGGUCACCCAUGCAUUUUGCUCUCAGUUCUCCCGCGGGGUGUACGCCAUCUUCGGAUUCUACGACAAGAAGUCCAUGAACACCCUGACCUCCUUCUGCGGCGCCCUGCACACCUCCUUCGUCACGCCCAGUUACCCCACCGAUAACGAGGUGCAGUUUGUCAUCCAGAUGCGGCCCGCCCUCCGGGGCGCCGUCCUCAGCCUGCUCUCGCACUACAAGUGGCAGAAGUUUGUCUACCUCUACGACACGGACCGAGGUUUCUCCAUCCUGCAGGCCAUCAUGGAGGCAGCGGUAGCUAACAACUGGCAGGUGACUGCUCGCUCUGUUAGCAGCUCGACGGACGCGGCCGAGUUCAAACGCAUCAUUGAGGAGAUGGACAGGAGGCAGGAGAAGCGCUACGUGAUUGACUGCGAGGUGGACAGGAUCAACACCAUAUUGGAACAGGUUGUGACCCUGGGGAAGAACAGUCGUGGUUACCACUACAUUCUGGCCAAUCUUGGAUUUUCUAAUGUGAGCCUGGACAAAGUCUUCGCCGGUGGAGCCAACAUUUCAGGGUUUCAGAUAGUCAACCCUGAGAACCCGAUAGUGCAGCAGUUUAUGCAGCGCUGGGAGCGGCUAGAUGAAAGAGAAUUCCCAGAAGCCCGAAACGCUCCUCUGAAGUACACUUCAGCUCUGACCCACGACGCCAUCCUGGUGAUCGCGGAGGCCUUCAGGUACCUGCGGCGCCAGCGUGUGGACGUCUCUCGCAGAGGCAGCGCCGGGGACUGUCUGGCCAAUCCCGCUGUACCGUGGAGCCAGGGCAUAGACAUCGAGAGAGCGCUGAAAACGGUCCAAGUUCAGGGUAUGACCGGGAACAUCCAGUUUGAUAACUAUGGCCGCCGGACCAACUACACCAUAGAUGUUUAUGAGAUGAAAACAGGUGGGCCAAGAAAGAUUGGGUACUGGAACGAGUACACGCGAUUUGUAAAUAUAAUGGACCCGCAGGUCUCCAACGACUCCUCAGUGGAAAACCGAACGAUUGUGGUCACUACUAUUAUGGAAGCUCCUUAUGUGAUGUACAAGAAAAAUUAUAUGCAUCUGGAGGGGAAUGACAGAUAUGAAGGCUACUGCGUCGAUUUAGCAUCUGAGAUUGCCAAACAUGUUGGAAUUAAGUACAAACUGUCUAUAGUAAUGGAUGGAAAGUACGGAGCCCGAGACCCUGACACCAAGACGUGGAACGGGAUGGUGGGUGAACUGGUCUACGGGAGAGCAGAUAUAGCCGUUGCACCUCUCACCAUUACUCUGGUUCGAGAGGAGGUGAUAGACUUUUCCAAGCCCUUUAUGAGCUUGGGCAUCUCCAUUAUGAUAAAGAAGCCUCAAAAGUCCAAGCCCGGCGUUUUCUCCUUCCUGGACCCGUUGGCCUAUGAAAUCUGGAUGUGUAUAGUGUUUGCCUAUAUUGGGGUGAGCGUGGUCCUGUUUCUGGUCAGUCGGUUCAGUCCUUAUGAGUGGAACCUGGAAGAACAGGACGAGACCAAAGACCCCCAGACUCCCCCCGAUCCUCCCAAUGACUUUGGCAUCUUCAAUUCCCUCUGGUUCUCAUUGGGCGCCUUCAUGCAGCAGGGCUGUGACAUCUCGCCCAGGUCACUGUCAGGCCGUAUUGUCGGGGGCGUCUGGUGGUUCUUCACCCUCAUCAUCAUCUCCUCCUACACAGCCAACCUGGCUGCCUUCCUGACCGUGGAAAGAAUGGUCUCUCCUAUUGAAAGCGCUGAAGAUCUGGCCAAGCAGACAGAGAUAGCAUAUGGCACUCUGGACUCAGGCUCCACAAAAGAAUUCUUUAGGCGAUCCAAAAUAGCAGUGUAUGAGAAGAUGUGGUCAUACAUGAAAUCUGCUGAACCGUCGGUGUUUGUUAAGACCACACCUGACGGCGUAGCCCGGGUACGAAAGUCGAAGGGCAAGUUUGCCUUUCUCCUCGAGUCCACCAUGAACGAGUACAUUGAGCAGCGGAAGCCGUGCGACACCAUGAAAGUGGGCGGAAACCUCGACUCGAAAGGCUACGGUGUGGCGACGCCCAAAGGCUCAGCAUUAAGAACUCCUGUAAACCUUGCAGUAUUGAAACUCAGUGAACAAGGCAUCUUAGACAAGCUGAAAAACAAAUGGUGGUACGAUAAGGGUGAAUGUGGAACCAAGGACUCUGGAAGUAAGGACAAGACAAGUGCUCUCAGCCUAAGCAAUGUGGCUGGUGUCUUCUAUAUUCUGGUUGGAGGGCUGGGGCUGGCCAUGAUGGUGGCUCUGAUAGAGUUCUGUUAUAAAUCACGGCAAGAAACCAAACGGCUGAAAUUGGCCAAGAAUGCACAGAAUUUUAAGCCGGCUCCCCCGACCAACACCCAGAACUUUGCCACAUACAGAGAAGGCUACAACGUGUACGGAACCGAGAGCGUUAAGAUCUAGAGGUUUAGGAAACAUUUCCAUUGUCCCUCACAACUGUGACUGAACACCUAUGAAAGGCACAGGAUCAAGGGGAUUUGAGCUCCACGCCAAACCCUCUCUCGGGUGGACACGGCACGAUAAUCUGCAAAGACGACACGACUGGACUGGUCAUGGGAAGAGCCGCCGCGGUUCCCUCCUCUCAGUGCCUUAUGGAACUCUGAGUCCAAUCAAUGCAACUCAUUCACAAUAAUUGCUUUUUUGCUUGAAACUCAUACAAAACAGAAGAAUGGUGCAGAAGAAUACACAUAUACAUAUAUAUAUACAUAUAUAUAUAUAUAUAUAUAUAUAUAUAUAUAUAUAUAUAUAUAUAUAUAUAUUCAUAUAUAUAUAUAUAUAUAUGAAACACACAACAUGAAUGACAGAACUAAAGCCAUCAUUUGCAACCCUAAGCACAUUUUGAAGUGCCAGAAAGACAGAGAGACAGCAAAUCUUACACGACAAGUGUCUAAUUAAUUGGUUUCUUGUAAUCAAUGUGAUCGAAUUUUGCUCUUCAUCCUUCCGCUGCCAGAUUUUCACUGGUUAUAUGUCUUCAAAUUAUUUUAUUAGAUCUACUCAGUGCACUGUAAGACACUGGUUAUUAGACAAUAGCUUUUAUACUGCUGUGGGUCACUUCUUACGACCUUGUACUUGUUUAAAAGAUGAAUCUCAUUGGAGUGAAACGCCAUUCAGCCCAAAAUACGACGACGAGUGUUGUUUGUACUCUAAACUUUGGUGCUGCUGCCACUGUCCUCUGAACGUUUGGUGGGACUCACGAAGAAGAGAAGAUGAUCUGCACCGGGUCAUAUUUCGCACCUCCAAUACUGCCAAGAGUGUGUUUUUGUAUGACAAAAGAGUGUGUAAAGCAAAGCAUUCAUGCCUGAGUGAAGGAGAAGGAGAGACCUGCUUGUGAUUUACGGUGUGUAAAAAUAUCAAGGAAGCACUGACUCGCCGAGCGUCGCUGCUGCUGCGAACAGCCUCUCCCUGAAGUCUAGAGUCAUUCAAACCUUCUGUACAUCAAAGUAAAACCAAACAAAAAAGGGUAAUUCAGUUGUAGAUUAACUGCAAUCCAAUUAAAGGAUAACAGUAAUGGCUUUUAAACUGUAGUAUUUUGGAUUACCUUAACAUUUACUUUAACAAUUGCACAUUUUAAAAUGAGCUGUGGUUUGCUUUCAAUUUGAUUUCCUUUAACAGGCAUUACAGUGUUUGGUGACUUCACUUAGUAAAUGAAAAUGAAAAAUAAAUGAAUAAAACAGAAAAUAGAUUUAUACAAGGUUAUACCAGGGAGAGUCUUGAAGCUUAGCACAUUUCCAUAUUGCUGUAAUAAUUUCUUUUCUUUCAAAAAGACUGUGAUUCCAUAGGAUUUAGGAAGAUACUUAUCUAAUCACCUGAAACUAUGGACAGAUAGUUUUAUAUAUA